CCGCCAGUGAUGCCACCGUUGGCGAUACCGCCGGUGGCCUACGAGCAGAUGUUCCCGGCCAUGAUGGCCCAUUAUAUGCAGCACAUGGCGCAGUUUAUGCCCAUGUUCCAGCCACCGCCACCACCACAGCCGCAGCCGCGCAUCGUUACCUUCAAGAUGUUGAAGGAUAAUGGAGCGGAAGAGUUCCGAGGAGACAAUAUGGGGGAGCCCCAGAUUGCUUUGGAUUGGCUUGAGCAGAUGGACCGGGUACUCAAGAAUUUGAGAGUCCGAGAUGCUGAUCGCUCGGAGUUGGCGUCACAGAUGUUCCGGAAGGGAGCAUAUGAUUGGUGGAAGCGCAUUGACCAGGAUCCACACACGCCCAAGCCGUGGACCUGGGAUCGCUUUGAUCGAGCCUUCACGAAGGAGUACGUCCCCAGUCGGUACCGCGAGGAGAGGCGCGAUGAGUUCGUUGCGCUUAAGCAGGAGGGGAUGUCACUGCCUGAACUUAGACAGAGGUCCGACUACUUGUCCCAGUACGCGACGAGUCUGGUCUCCACUCCGGAGGAUCGUUUGAAUGAGUUCGUCAAGAAGCUACGGCCGGACUUGAGGCCGUAUGCCGCACUGAUCACGACGACAGAUUUUAAUGCGGCGUACGAUUUGAUUGUGAAGACGGAGAAGAGCUUGGAUGAUUUGCAAGCAACCAAGAAGGAGGAUCGAGCGACGAAAGACCCACGGCCAGCACCGGGCCGAGCGGGAAGAAUUUGGAUUCGGGGGAAAGAGCCAGGGCAUUUCAGGAGGCAUUGCCCGACAAACCCUAGCAGCGAGCCUAUUUUACCUAGAGCUCCGGAUCAGCCUGCCGCAUCACAUCCAGCACGGAGUCAGCAGUCUACGGCCGCAAAUAAUCAGCAGAGACCACGUCCGCAGCAGUCAGGCCGGGCACCAGCGCGUACCUACGCCAUGCAUGGGCGCACAGAUCCUGGUCCCGAUGUUAUCUUGGGUACGUUCAUACUAUUUGAUUCGGUUAUGCAUGCCUUGAUUGAUCCGGGUUCCACGCUCUCCUAUAUCUGUGUUGGCAUGCUUGCUAAUUCUGCGAUUGUGAGGAGUGACCUUGAGAUACCUACCGUUGUAUCGAAUCCGCUAGGACAUAGCAUGCGUCUUCAUCACAUUUAUCAUAGAUGUCCGUUGUCCGUGCAAGGGAAGCAAUUCCCUGCAGAUUUGAUAGAGCUACCACACAAGGAGUUUGACAUUAUCCUUG